UGCAUUCUCUUAAUCACUCGCAUUUGCAUUCCCUGGACACUGUUAUUUAUUUAUUUAUUUAUUUAUUUUGGUGAAAUAUCUAUCUAUCAAUAAAAUAAAUCUCUAAAUAAAUAAACAAAUAAAUACAGAGACAUAUAUAGAUAUACAGAGAGAGGUCUGUACCGGGAGCGCGCGCGGGAGGAGACGGAGCGCGUGGAUGCGCGGUGGCGGCGCGGCGCGCGGAGACACGGAGCGGAGACACGGACAUGGAGCUGCUGCUGGUCAUCUGCGUCGCGUUCGGGAUGCUGCGGUGCGACGGCGCGAGAGCCGACUCCAUCAUACACAUCGGCGCCAUCUUCGAGGAGAACGCAGCGAGGGAUGACGAGGUCUUCCAGCUAGCCAUUUCAGACCUCAGCCUCAAUGAUGACAUUUUGCAGAGCGAGAAAAUCACACACUCCAUAAAAUUUAUUGAGCCUAACAACCCCUUCCAGGCGGUUCAAGAAGCGUGUGAGCUGAUGACACAGGGGAUCCUGGCUCUCGUGACUUCAACCGGAUGUGCCUCAGCGAGCGCCCUGCAGUCCCUCACUGAUGCCAUGCACAUCCCACACCUGUACAUACAGCGAAGCGACGAUGGCUCACCUCGCACCGCUUGCCCGCUGAAGCCGAGCGCCGACGGAGGGCGCUACACGCUGGCCGCCCGGCCUCCUGUGCGACUAAGCGACGUCAUGCUUGCGCUCAUCGAUGAGCUCCGCUGGCGCAAGUUCCUCGUCUUCUAUGACAGUGACUACGAUAUCCGUGGACUGCAGGGGUUUUUGGACCAGACGGCCAGACAGGGUCUGGACGUGGCUCUGCAGAGGGUGGACAGGAACAUCAGCAGCGUCUUCUCCAACCUGUUCAGCAGCAUGCGCACGGAGGAGCUGAACCGCUACCGGGACACGCUGAGACGAGCCAUUCUGCUGCUGAGUCCUCGAGGAGCGCAGGUCUUCAUCCAUCAGGCCGUAGAGACAAACCUGGCCUCCAAAGACAGCCACUGGGUCUUCGUGAAUGAGGAGAUCAGCGACACGGAGAUCAUGGAGCUGACCCACAGCGCGUUGGGAAGGAUGACGGUCAUCCGGCAGAUUUUCCCGCUCUGGAGAGACAGCGGCGUGAACUGUAUGAGGAACAGCCACCGCAUCUCGUCUCUGCUGUGCGACCCUCAGGAGGGAUACCUGCAGUCGCUCGAGGUGUCCAACUUGUACCUGUAUGACAGCGUCUUGAUGCUAGCUAACGCCUUCUACAGGAAGUUAGAGGACAGGAAGUGGCACAGCAUGGCUAGCCUGAACUGCAUACGGAAGUCAACCAAGCCCUGGAAUGGGGGCUGGUCCAUGCUGGAGACCAUCCAGAAGGGUCGCAUCACCGGCCUCACCGGAGUCAUGGACUUCAUGGACAACGGGUCCAACUCACACGUUCAGUUUGAGAUUUUAGGCACGAGCUUCAGUGAGACCUUCGGGAAGGACAUAAAACGGUUAGCCACAUGGGACUCGGUACACGGCCUCAACGGGAGCUUGAAGGAGAGUCGGAUCGAGAAUGGCAUGCAAGGGGUUACGGUGAAAGUUGUCACACUGCUGGAGGACCCAUUUGUCAUGGUAGCGGAAAACAUCCUCGGCCAGCCCAAAAGGUACAAAGGGUUCUCCAUCGAUGUUCUUGAUGCCUUGGCAAAGAUCCUGGGCUUCAAAUAUGAUAUCUACCAGGUAGCGGACAGCAAGUACGGCUCUCAGCUUCCCAAUGGUUCCUGGAACGGCAUGAUCGGGGAACUUAUUAAUAAGAGGGCCGAUCUCGCGGUGUCAGCCAUCACUAUAACGCCGGAGCGUGAGAACGUAGUGGACUUCAGUAAACGCUACAUGGAUUACUCCGUGGGGAUCCUGAUGCGCAAACCGGAGGAGAAGAUCAACAUCUUCUCCUUGUUUGCUCCGUUUGACCUCGCCGUCUGGGCCUGCAUCGCAGCCGCCAUACCUGUAGUCGGAGUCCUGAUCUUCCUGCUGAACCGCAUGCAGUCGCUGCGCUGCCAGAACACUUCAGGAGCUCCGCCCAACAUCUCCAGCUCCUUACACAGCGCAGUGUGGCUGGUUUACGGCGCCUUCGUUCACCAAGGCGGAGACUCGGCGGUCGGCUCGGUGGCCCUGAGGAUCGUGAUGGGAAGCUGGUGGCUCUUCACCCUGAUCGUGUGCUCGUCGUACACCGCCAACCUGGCAGCGUACCUCACCGUGUCCCGCAUGGACAACACCAUACGGACGUUUCAGGAUCUGGCGCGACAGGUGGACCUGGACUACGGUACAGUGCGGGACUCGGCAGUAUAUGACUAUUUCAGAGCCAAGGGUACAAACCCGCUGGAGCAGGACAGCACGUACGCAGAGCUGUGGAGGACCAUCAGCAAAAAUAACGGACAGGACUACUCUGUGUCCAGCCCAUCAGAGGGCAUCCGCAAGGCUAAGAAAGGCCCUUACGCGUUCCUCUGGGACAUGGCGGUGGUGGAGUACGCAGCGCUGACGGACGACGACUGCACCGUCACCGUCUCGGGCAAUAGCAUGAGCAGUAAGGGUUACGGCAUCGCUCUCCAGCACGGCAGCCCGUACCGAGACCUCUUCUCCCAGAAGAUCCUGGAGCUGCAGGAGAAGGGUGACCUGGAUGUGUUGAAGCAGAAGUGGUGGCCUCGUUCGGGUCGCUGUGACCCGGGCAGCCAGCGGGGGGCGCCGUCUGAUGGGCGCUCACUUAAACUGCACAGCUUCGCCGGCGUCUUCUGCGUGCUGGCCGCCGGGCUUGUGCUGGCCUGCCUGGUGGCCGCCCUCGAGACGUUCUGGAGCAGCAGCAGCAGCCACUGCCGGCGAGAGCAGCCCAAAGAGGUUACUAAGGAUUACAGAGUGAGAAGGGUUUCAGAUCCAUUGAGAUAUAAUGAUAUUGCUACCGCGUCAUCGGAGGGGAGCAAGGACAUUUGGACAGACAGAGAGAGAGACUGGGAUGAAACAGAGGCUAUUGACACAGGACAAGGAGGUGAACCUGGAGCAGGUGCAUCGGCGCAUGAACAGUCUCAUAGACGAGGACAUGGUGCACAAGCAGAUCCCCGGGCCAUCUAUCGAGAUCUCUGCCCUGGACAUCGGUGGCAUGCAGCCGGGCCAGGCGGCACGGGAAGCUGGCCGGGAUUUCGCGGGCACGGCUCUUUCCGUGAGCACCUUCCUGCCAGAGCAAGCCCAUGGAGUGGGCAGGACACUGGCACCAGGGCCUGGCACUGCACUGCCGCUGCCCCUGGGCAGCUCCACCAUGCCCUCCUCCAUCCAGUGCAAACACAGGGCCCCCAACGGGGGUCUCUUCCGGCAGAGCCCCGGCAAGACACCCAUGCCACUGCCCUAUCCACCGGUUCCAGGAGGACCCAUCCCCGAAGCCAUUGACCCCACCCAUAGCACAUCCAUCUGAGGCCACAAGGGGGUGGCUUUCUUGUGGGAGAGGCAGGCCGUGGCAGUACGACUGGGGGUGUAAUGUAUAAAAAGAACAAACUAAAAAAAAAAAAACAUACACACACACGUAAGCGCGGAGGAGAUUUUUAAUAUAGAUACAAAAAACAUCAAAAAAGAUCUUUUCUUGUAAAUACUUGUAAAUAACAAAAGAGCGAAGUGAGUUAAAGUGUAUUUUGAAUAUUCUCAAUUUUUGGAGUUGAGUUACAAAAACUAAAUGAAAAUAAUAAAAAAAAGAAACAAUUGAAAAAAGGACUUUAAAGAGACUGUUUAAAUGGCUUUGUAAAUUUUGUUCUCUAUGGAUAAAGACGCAAAAUCAUUGUGAUUGUUUUCUAAGUGCCGAAAUAAAAAAGAUGUCUCUCCGCAGUUUCGUACCAGAUUAUCACACAUUUCACUUCAUUAUGAAUCAUAAUGAAGAUUAAUUAAUCAGUUUUGCACACAUUUUUUUUUUCUGUUUUUAAACUCCCAGUUAUUCUUCAGACCCAAGAGAGCAUCGUCUCUGUUUGGAUGUUCAGCUGUUUCCAUUUUUGCUUAUUUUUUUAAAGAGACGUUUGAUUUUGGAUGGUGUUAGCAUUACUAUUAGCGUUAGCGUGGAGGCUAUGUGAGGUCGAGCGGGGCUGGAAGCCCCGGUGAGCACAAGGUUCACCCGAAGCAGAAAGCCGAGAAAACCCCCUGGUGUGGUAUUGGGUCCGAUCUGUUUUAUUUGGCUGCUUGAUGAAUGCGAACUGUGUGACGAUAGUGAUAACAUUUAUUUUUCAUAUUUUUGACAAUAAACAGUAACAUAUGUAACAUACAGAGAUAUUUUCCUUCAGAGUAAACUGCAAAGAAAUGAAAAGGAUUUUAUCAUUCACAAACUCUGUAAAGACAAAUCUAAAAUAUAAAAGGUAUGAAACAGUACAUGCUGUGAUGAAUGUUAUGUUUUCCUUUUUUCUUCUCCUUUUUUUCAUGGAAAUGAGUGUAGAGUUUUACAUAAAGGAAAUGUGAUUGUGUCAUUGUGAGGAUUUUUUUUUUUUUGAAGAGGAUGGGGUGUGUUUUUCGCCAGGUUCUCUCCCCUCAUCGCUACGACUGACUUUACAUCACAAUACGAUGUUGCCCCGAAAUAUGAAUUGUGUAACUGCACUUAAAGUCCUUGUCUUUUCUAUUAUUGUGUAAUUGUUUUUUGCUUUGUUUCCACCUCGGCCUGAGAAUCAGUCUGUGUUUUAUUUACCUGCGCUUUCUCCACCAUGCUUCAUGUUUAACACGAGUGAUGGAGGAUAAACAUCUGACAGCAGGUGUAGAUCUCUCUUUCUCUCUCUCUCUCUCUCUCUCUCUCUCUCUCUAUCUUCGCUGAUAUCCCGAAAGACUCGGCUGACUUUUUCACAUUCGGAAGCCGAAUAAGGACAAUCCUUUUCCUGAGUGGAGGAGACCUGAGUCCUGGCAUCAGCGCUGGCAUCUUCAAAUCACGGUCGCAACCAGUAUCUCGUGUGUGUUCCAGUAGUUUCUGAUGUUAACCAAAGCGAUAUCAUACUACACUGUGUUACACCCUGAAACGCCGCCCGGUGGUGGAGACCAUGAUGUCUGACCUUGUCCUCGGGACAGCCGUGUGCUCACUGCUUUUACUGCCCUGACUCCCUUACACUGAAGGAGGGAAAAAACAAACAAACAAACAGAUGAUAUUCAUUAUAAAGAUUAAAAGAAAGGAAGAAGUCUAUCACAGUGCAGUCUGUAACAUUACACCAGAGGGAGACUCUUAUUUUGUUUAUGAAUAUGCUGCUUGGAGUUUCUUAAUUCUUUAAUAAAGAAAUAUGGUUUAA